AUGGAGAGAGCAGAGCUGAUCAGGAGCAAGGACCUGGUGAGCUAUGGGAGCUCAGAGCCUCCUCCACCCUGCGGGCCAGGGGCUGAAGGCUUCCCCACACUUGCAGCCUACCAAGCAGAAGAGAGCACCUUGCAUCUUUCUGAGGAGGAAGCCAGAGAGGCCUUGGUGCAGUUUGCAGCCAGCAAAUGCUGCUACAGCAGUGCCCCAGCAAGGCAGCUGGUGGUGCAGGGCCUGGCUGCCCUCAACACCUAUCGAUACCAGCUGCAGACAUUCACAGAGAGCAGGAGCACCCUUCCAGCCAGCAGACCCUACAAGGGUGAGUUUGUGGACUCUUGGCAGAUGGGGGUGCCCCCAGGCCCCUGGGACAUAGCUGUGGAUCCUCCUCCCCUGUUUGCUGACUGCGAAGUGCAUCUGCCAGUGCCCCACACCUCCAAGGUCAUGGAUGGCCUCCAGCAGAACUGCUCCCACUGCCUGGGCUCAGGGAGGAUGAGGUGUGUUCCCUGCCUCGGGGAGGGCACUGUGCCCUGUGCCCGCUGUGCCACCAAGGGCCUCUUGCUCUGCUUCCUGGAGCUUACCAUCACCUGGAAGAACAACAUCACUGAGUACGUCCAUGACAAGGACCAGGGCUUCCCCCUGUCCCGCCUGCAGGAGGUGACGGGCAAGCAGCUCUUCAGUGAGGAGCAGCCAUGGGUGACCACGCAGAGGCUGCCCCAGCCCCUGGUGCGGGGCGCAGAGUCCUGCCUGGCACUGCACCGCGGGCAGCUGGCGGAGCACACUCGGAUCCUGGGGCAGAAGCAGACCAUCGAGCUGAUCCCCCUCACCAGGGUGGACUAUGGCUGGAGGGGGAGGCUCCACUCCUUCUAUGUCUAUGGCAAUGAGAACCAAGUCUAUGCCAAGGACUACCCAGGGAAGUGCUGCUGUGACCUGGGUGCCAACUGCCAGCCAGACCCAGACCUCAGGCUCCUGCAGAUGACCCUCCUUGGGCUGCCCAUGGGGCUGAAGGCAUCUUCCCUCCCACCCAUGAGUGCUGCUUGGCUGCUUCGACUGGGCAAGGGCUGA